AUGGUCAAAGCUCGCAUACAUUCUGAGCAGACGAACCAACUUUGUGACCGUCCUCUCGAGCCGUCUGAGCAGGACGAUCCUUCUGUCUACAUAUUCUCCUUGGCUCGAACAGAAUUCAACACCAUGUUCAUCGAUGUCAUCCUCGGCCUCGGCGUCUCCUUGCCAGUCGUCGGCGCAGGAGGAAUUUCAGUAGUAACUGGCGUCGCACAAGGUGUCCAGGAGCAACACAAGCAGAAUGCCGAUGUAUCGAACCAGCGCCGUAUGCUAAAAUUCCACAUCGACAUCUCCGUCGAUGCGAGUCUGCGCAAAGGCAAGGGUGCGGAAUUAAAUGGCUGCAUAGUCACAGUUCACGAUGACAAGAUGUGGAUUGAGCCGCAGAACCAUGAGACCGGCUGGCCAGUCGAUGCGAAGCACCAUCCCUUUACUGGCUUUUACUUGGCAUAUCCGGAUGAUAACAGACCCUAUACCAGGGGCAUGGUGAGCACCAUCUCUGUGGAUCCGCCCAUGCUCAAUUGGAUAUACAUCGACACCUCGACCUACGAGCUCAAGUAUGCGAACCGCAGUGGCAGUAUCGAACAUCAUGUGGGGAGCUUCGAUUGGACAUCUGACGAUCUAGACUCGAGUAUCACUUUCGAUGAGUUUGAAGGUUUUAUUGCGGUAGAGGAGCAGCCGGACAAGUGGGCAUUAUACUUCGAUCUGGACGACGAUGGUCUGAAGAGUAAGAGUAAGGGCAAGAAGACUGUGGAGGUCGGUCUUGUUAGGAGAGUCAUUACGGGGCAGGAGGUCAACAAGUGGGGUUUGACGGAGGAGGGUAACAUGGGUUUCAGAGCGACAAAGGAGGUCGAUAAGAUCUCUGCGACGGCGAAAGCGAAGCAGGCUGCCAAAGAUGCAGAAGUUGCACGAGCUGCACAGGCUGUACAGGUCCCACAAGCUGCUCAGGCUCCACAAGCUGCACAGGUUCCAGCAGCUGCACCAGCUGGACCAGCUCCGAAGACUUCCAAGGCCUCCAAGGCCUCCAAGGCUUCGAAAGCUUCAAAAUCCGCCAAGAAGGACACAAAGAAGUCAAAUGGUUGA